AUGCGACACUUCCUUCCCUACCCUGCCAUAAGGCCUGUAGGACAGCCAGAUCUUCUUGGGCUCUUCCUGCAAGGCCAGAGGACCAAGCUUUCCCUCUCUCACAAGUAUUCACUUGAUCUUGGCCUUUUGGCAAGCAACACUUACCCCAAUAAAAAGGCCUGCAGGAGGGCCGGAUCUGCGCAGUCCCACUCCCACGACAAGGAGGGGAACCACUGUAACCAUGAGGAAGAGAUGGGGAGCAAUAAAGUAUCCACCAUCUGUCCUACCAAAAAAGCCGGUGUCCUGUUUCACUGCAGCAGUGCGUUCAAUCCAUUAUUACUUCUCGAUGUUCUGAAGAUUGUCCUUCUGGCUACAGACGAGUUUUGCACAAAGGGAAACACAACUGUUGCUUUGACUGCGUCCCGUGCUCAGAAGGAGAUCUCCAACACAACAGAUGGAGAGUCUUGCCAGAAGUGCCCAGAAAACCAGUGUCCAAAUGAGAAGAAGGACACUUGUGUUCUGAAACCCACUGAAUUUUUAUCCUUCAAAGACAAUUUGAUUGCAUUGGUUUUUAGUACUAUAUCAGUUCUUAUGUCUGUUGUAACCUCCAUUAUCUUGGUUAUAUUUAUUUUGUACCGGGACACCCCAAUUGUUAGAGCUAAUAAUAUGAACCUCAGUUUUGUUCUCCUGGUGUCCAUCAUCCUGAGCUUCCUCUGUGUGUUUCUGUUCCUCGGUCGCCCUAGCGUCUCUACCUGCAUGAUGCGACAAACUGCUUUUGGGAUCCUCUUCUCGGUAGCUGUGUCUUCUCUGUUGGCCAAGACCAUCAUGGUCUGCAUCGCUUUCAAAGCCACCAAACCCAGCAGCAGGUGGAGAAAAUAUAUUGGAGUCAAAUUACCCAAUUAUGUUGUGUUUAUCUGUUCAUUUAUUCAGGUUGUCAUUUGCAUCUGCUGGUUGUCUAUUUCCCCUCCAUACCAGGAAAUGAACACUCACUCCUACCCUGGAAAGAUCAUUAUUCAGUGUAAUGAGGGGUCAGUAGUUGCUUUUUACACUGUUCUGGGGUACAUGGGCUUCCUGGCAGCUGUGAGUUUCAUAGUUGCUUUCCUGGCCAGGAAAUUACCAGACAGUUUUAAUGAAGCCAAAUACAUCACUUUCAGCAUGCUGAUCUUCUGUAACGUCUGGAUCUCUUUUAUCCCGGCUUAUAUGAGCGUUAUUGGCAAAAACACAGUGAUUGUUGAGAUUUUUGCAAUAUUAGCUUCUAGCACUGGAAUUCUGUGCUCUAUAUUUUUCCCAAAAUGUUUUAUAAUUUUGUUGAAUCCAAGCAUGAACACAAAAGGACGAUUACUAAAAUCAGGAUUUUAA